UAGUGGUUGCCUCAAAGUAUUUGCGAUCUUUUCACACAAAAAUCAGUACUUAUCUACCUGAUUCAAUACUUUAUUAAAAAUACUUAUAAUUUUUUAAAAUUUUUGUGCUAGUGCGGGUUUACUUAUCUUACAAAGUUGGAUCCAACUUUGGUAUUAAAAAAAGAGUGAUUUUUCGGUGUAACAGUUUAGAACUGCCGAAGUGUUUAAUUCUUAGAUGUGUUGAAGAGAGCGACUGUAAAUGAAGAUGCAGUCAGGCGUGAGAAUUUUAUUUCUCAUCUUUGGACCUUUUUUAAGUGUCCUUGCAAAUAACGAUUUACGAAUUUUCGACUACGACUAUCUGGUAGAUCCUUAUAUAAGAAAUUCUAGGCAAAUUAGCAGCAACAAUUACCAAUGUCGGGGUGAAGGUACCUUUCUCGACUCCGGCAACUGCAGGCUAUUUUACAGAUGUGUUCCAAACGAAAACGGAGGCUAUGUUGCAUAUGCAUUUGAAUGCGGCGAAGGAACUAUUUAUGAUCCAGCUAUUGGCGUGUGUAACUACGCUUAUGCAAGUUCCCGUUUAGAGUGUGGAGCAAACGGUAUUGCUGCAAGCACAGAGCAACCAAUCCAGACAUUCAGCAGUAGUUUAGCGCCAGAAAGCGGUAGCUAUUAUCCAGAAUCCAGCUCCUUAGUUCCAGAAUCAACGACAAGAGCGCCAGCACCAAAUCGCUGUGUAGCUGCCGGGUUUCGAGCAGACUCAGUCAACUGCAGAAGAUUUUAUAGAUGUGUGGAUAAUGGCAAACAGGGUUAUACUCAAUAUGAAUUCACGUGUGCACCAGGAACGGUUUUUGAUGUAAACGCCACAACUUGCAAUUAUCCAGAGGCAGUUGAAAGACUGGACUGCCUAGAAGAAGCGGACGGUGGUCAGUUACUCUUAAAAAAUGCACCAAACAGCACGCAAUCUAUUACACAAUCUAGCACAUGGGAACAAAGCACUUCUUUUUCUAAUUCCUCAGCACAGAAUAGUACUUCCUCUAGUAGCUCCUCUAGUUCUAGCUCUUCAAGCUCCUCCUCAAGUAGUUCUAGUUUUCAAAAUUCUAGUUCGUCUUCAACGUUCCAGAAUUCAGGAAGCAACCAAAAUCAAAUGAGCGGCAGCAAUAGUCAACAGCAAAGUGGAAGCUCCUCCUCCAACCAGCAAAACUCAACCAAUGGCAACAACCAAUCGGGAGGCUCCUCCUCAAAUCAGGGUGCUUCUCAAUCGAGUAGCAACCAACAACAAUCUGGAAGUUCUUCAUCUAAUCAACAAGGCGGAUCUUCAUCAAAUCAGAUAAACAAUCAAAACAGUUCGUCAAACAACAACCAACAGCAAUCGGGAAGCUCAUCGUCGAAUCAGCAACAAUCUGGGGGCAGCAAUAAUCAAUCCGGAAGCUCCUGGUCAAACCAAAACAUGAACCAGGGUGGUUCUUCAAAUAACAAUCAGCAGCAAUCAGGAAGCUCUUCUUCCAACCAAAAUAACAAUCAAGGCAGUUCAUCUACAACUCAACAAGGUUCCGGAAGUAGCGGUAAUCAAUCUGGAACAUCCAGUCAACAAAGUGGCAGUUCUACUUCGAAUAAUCAGCAGGGAAGUAGUCAGGGUUCUGGUACUAAUAGCAGCUCUGGUUCAUCUCAACAAAAUGGUGGUUCCACGUCAAAUCAGAGUAGCAAUCAAGCAAGCUCUUCAAACAAUAACCAGCAGCAGUCAGGCAGCAACAAUCAAUCUGGAAGCUCGAGCUCUUCUCAACAAUCUGGUGGCUCAACAUCAAAUCAAAGCAACAAUCAAGGAAGCUCUUCAAGCAAUAACCAGCAGCAGUCAGGAAGCAACAAUCAAUCUGGAAGCUCGAGUUCUGCUCAGCAAUCUGGUGGUUCCACAUCAAAUCAAAACAACAAUCAAGGAAGCUCUGCAAACAAUAACCAGCAGCAGUCAGGCAGCAACAAUCAAUCUGGAAGCUCAAGUUCUUCUCAACAAUCUGGUGGCUCCACAUCAAAUCAAAGCAACAAUCAAGGAAGCGCUUCGAAUAAUAAUCAACAGCAGUCCGGAAGCUCGUCCACUAAUCAAGGUUCUGAAAGUAGUAGUAAUCAGUCUGGAGGUUCUAAUCAGCAAAACAGCAGCCAAGGCUCCAGUACUGGUAACAAUCAGUCUGGAAGCUCCACAACUUCAAACAACAAUCAACAGCAAUCAGGUUCAUCUUCCAAUCAACAAGGCUCUAACAGUGGCAGCCAGUCUGGUAGUUCUGGUUCAUCUCAAGAAUCUUCUACAUCAAAUCAGCAAAAUAAUCAAGGAGGAACAUCAAGCGGUAACCAGCAACAAUCGGGAAGUUCCGCGUCCAAUCAACAAAGCUCUGGAAGCAGUGGUAAUCAAUCCGGAAGCUCCAACCAGCAAAGUGGCAGUUCAAGUUCAAGUUCAAGUAAUCAGCAAGGCAGUAACCAAUCAAGUCAAAACAAUCAAACAUCAGGCGGUCAAUAUCAAGCACAACGUGGACAGAUUUCUAAAGGAAAUUGCACCAGAGAAGGUUUUGUGGCGGAUCAGGAAAACUGCAAAAAGUUUUAUAGGUGCGUAAGUAAUUCAAAAGGAGGUUUGAUUAAAUACGAGUUCCAAUGCCGAGACAAUACUGUUUGGGAUCAAACAGUUCUGGCUUGUAGUUAUCCAUAUUCUGUAGUUGGAAAAUGCUAUGCGGCACAGCCUGGACUGCCCACACCCACUCAAAAUGGCACCACAUCCUCUUCUGGCUCAUCACAACAAACUGAAAAUAACCAAAGUGGAUCGACUUCGAAUCAGAACCAACAAGGUGGUUCAAGCCAAACCGAAGAGCAACAAACAAGCUCGGGCCAAAGUUCCACUGAAAAUUCGUCAGAGCAAAAUCAGCAAAGUACCUCAAUGCAAUCAAAUCAAACUCAGUCUUCAUGGAAUCCAAUCACUGAUCGACCUGGCGAGUUAGUUAAUAAUCAAUGCGCUCUUGGUGGCUUUGUAGGGGAUGAGUCAAACUGCAAAAAAUUCUACCGAUGCGUGCAGAACGGACAAGGCGGUUUCACUAAAUACGAGUUUAAUUGCGGAGAUGGCACUGUCUGGGACCAAGAAACACAAGCUUGUAACUAUCCCUAUUCAGUGAAAGGCAAAUGCAACCAAGCUCAAAUCACUCCAGUGAAUGGAAAUGCUACAAACACUGAUUCAGCACAAGAGGGCCACGGCAUUCAGAACCAGGGAUCUAGUAAUCAAGGAUCGACAACUUCCGAAACAUCGAACCAAAGUCAACAAGGUACCAGCAAUCAGAAUCAAUCAACCAACCAGAACCAACAAACGGGUUCGAAUCAAAGCGGUUCCAACCAGUCUCAGCAAUCCGGUUCUUCGACAAAUCAGCAAACCAGUUCGAGUCAAACUGGGACUGGCCAAGACACUUCCAACCAAUCCCAGCAAGGCAGCGCCAAUCAGAACGAACGGCCUGUUAACGAGAAUCAAACAGGCAGUUCAAGUCAAAGUGGUUCCAAUCAAUCCCAGUCUCAGCAAACUGGAAACAACCAAGGCGGAUCAGUUUCCAAUCAGAACCAACAAAGCAAUCAAUCCAACCAGUAUGGAACGAAUCAAAACACCUCUGGGCCAACGCCUGCAAGGCCUGGCCAAUUAGAUAACAACAAACAGUGUGCAUUAAGUGGAUUUGUUGGUGAUGAUCAGAACUGCAAUAAGUUCUACAGAUGUGUGGAAAAUAGCCAAGGAGGGUACAUUAAGUAUGAGUUCACUUGCGGAUCAGGAACCGUUUGGGAUCAGGAAAUGCAAGCUUGCAAGUAUCACUAUGCAGUUCGCGGUAAAUGUUAUAUGGCAAAUCCAGAAGUUACAAUUUCUGAGCCAAAUAAUUCCAAUGCUGGCACAUCUCAAGGUGAAAACCAAUCUGGCGGAUCUAAUCAAAAUCAGAACACGUCCACUAAUCAAGGAUCAACUAACAAUCAAAGUCCACAACAAACCGAUAACAGCCAACAAGGGGGCUCCAGCCAAAGCACAUCCCAACAAAACCAAGGAGGGUCCGAACAGAAUCAGCAAUCUGGCGCAAAUCAAAGCCAGCAGAGCGGUUCCGAACAAGCUAAUAAUAAUCAGGGUCAAUCAAAUGCAAAUGAAAAUCAACAAAACCAAUCAUCCGCAUCGUCUCAAAAUGGAUCAUCUGGUUCUUCACAAAAUGGUUCUUCUGGAACAUCACCAAACGGAUCUUCUGGAUCAUCCCAAAACGGAUCGUCUGGAUCAUCUCAAACCGGAUCUUCUGGGUCAUCACAAAAUGGUUCUUCUGGAUCAUCACAAAACGGAUCUUCUGGUUCAUCUCAGAACGGAUCCUCCGGGUCGUCUCAGAGUGGCUCUUCUGGAUCAUCACAAAGUGGAUCCUCUGGCUCAUCCCAAAAUGGUUUUUCCGGGUCAUCCCAAACCGGAUCUUCCGUAUCAUCUCAGAAUGGAUCUUCCGAACCCGCCCAAAACGGAUCAACUCAAAGUACUUUCAAUCAAACGCAAGCUACUGGUCCAGCUACCGAACGUCCAGGAACGUUAAUUAAUAAUGAAUGUGCCUCUAGUGGAUUUGUGGGCGAUGAGCGAAAUUGCCAAAAAUUCUACAGAUGUGUUGAUAACGGACGAGGCGGAUAUGUAAAAUACGAGUUUAAUUGCGGCCAAGGAACAGUGUGGGAUGAAGGAACGCAAGCCUGUAACUAUCCGUUUGCUGUUAGAGGUAAAUGUUACGUAGCUCAACCUGGACCAGUAAGUUCUGGAUCCGAUGUCAACAAUAAUGGUGCUCAAGGCGGGUCUCAAACUGGCAAUCAGAACCAAAAUGGGAAUCAGGGACAAAACGGAAGUCAGGGCUCUAAUGAGAUCACGAAUCAGAACAACAAUGAAAAUCAAAAUUCAAAUCAGAACGAAAAUCAAAGCAAUAAUCAAAGUGGAAAUCAAGGUUCUAAUGGGAAUCAGGUGCAAAAUCAAAGUACUAAUCAAAGCGGAAAUCAAAACAAUAAUCAGGGCUCCAACAACAAUGCAAAUGAAAACUCCAAUGUAGGUCCAAAUCAGAAUCAAAAUAAUAACGGAGGGACUGCUCAGACCCAACCUGGAAUCCAGCAAGGCGCUUCGCAGCCAAGCCAAGGGCAGAAUAACCAACAGAACGGAUCAGAACAAAACCAAACUCCGCAGCCAGCUACUCAAGGGCAGAUCAUCAACAACCAGUGCUCACAGCCAGGUUAUGUAUCAGAUGAGCGUGAUUGCAAAAAGUUCUACAGAUGCGUGGAUAAUGGCAGAGGAAGUUACGUAAAAUACGAGUACAGUUGUGCAAAUGGAACCGUUUGGGAUCAAAGUAUCAUAUCUUGCAACCACCAGUUUCUGGUAUCAGGAAAAUGCUAUCGGCCAGCUGAACCUGAACAAUCAUCUGGUUCUACUGACCAAACGUCCAAUCAGAAUCAGAAUGGUGGAUCAGAUAACUCCGGUUCAAACCAAAACGGAUCUGGACAAAACCAACCAGGUGCCUCCCAACAGCAAAAACCUGGUCAACAACCGGUCACCAAUCCAAGUGGUUCUAAUGUAAAUGGAAAUCAUCAAGGUUCAUCAGAAGAAAACCAAUCAGGUCAGACUCAAACCGGAGGGUCGAAUGUAGGACAAAGUCAGACCGGAGAAUCAAAUCAGAGUCAGGCAGGACAAAGUCAAUCUAGUGGGUCAACUGGAUCAGGUCAGAAUCAAUCGGGUGGUUCAAGUCAAAAUCAAUCUGGGGGAUCAAAUGGAGCAAAUCAAAGUCAAACCGCAGGAUCCAAUGGUGCCGGGCAAAACCCAUCUAGUGGAUCAAAUGGGUCAGGUCAGAAUCAAUCCGGUGGAACUUCAAGUCAAACUCAACCUGGAGAAUCAAAUGGAACAAAUCAAAAUCAAUCUGGAGGAUCAAGUGGUACAAAUCAAAAUCAAUUGGGAGGGUCAGAUGGAGCUGGCGAAAAUCAGUCCGGAGGAUCAACGAGUUCAGAACAAACUCAAUCUGGAGGAACAGGUGGAAAUCAGUCUGGAGGAUCAGGAUCAUCAUCUGGAUCAGGUCAAAGCUCGACUGGUCAAAACCCAUCUGGUGGAACAUCAACUUCUCCAGCUGUAGAAAAGCCAGGUCAAAUCAUCAAUAAUCAGUGUGCUGCAGGAGGAUUUGUCGGAGAUGAACAAAAUUGCAAAAAAUUCUUUAGAUGUGUUGAAAAUAGCAACGGAGGCUACAUAAAGUAUGAGUUUACUUGUGGUGAAGGAACGGUGUGGGAUGAAGGUUCUCAGGCUUGCAACUACCCUUACGCCGUAAGGGGAAAAUGCUACGUAGCCCAACCUGGUUUACCAACUUCUGGAUCAACCGGCUCUGAUAUAAGUGGAGGAUCUCAAACAACCGGACAAUCCCAAAACGAGAAUCAAAGUGGUUCUAAUAACGUAGGGUCAAACCAAAGUGAAGGAAGACCAAACCAACAAGUUUCUACAAAUCCUCAAACUGGCACGCCACAAAACCAACCGCCAAAUUCAAACAAUUCUAAUAGUCCUUCCACGCAGAAUCAAAAUGGCUCAUCAAGCAACUGCAAUAAUCAAACAUCCUCCAACCAAGUUUUUCCUGGAGAACUUCUCAACAACCAGUGCAUAAAAGAGGGAUUUGUAGCCGAUGAGCAAAACUGUGCCAAAUUUUACCGUUGUAUUAACAAUGGGCAAGGUGCACUAACAAAGAACGAAUUUACUUGUGGAACGGGCACUGUUUGGGAUCAGUCCAUUUUUGCUUGCAACUACCCCAGUGCGGUUCGAGGAAAAUGUAGUCAAGUUGCUUCGCAACCGUCACCCGGGGAUGGCUCGGCAGAAGCUUCUUCCCCUACUUCCUCACCCGAAGCUGCAAAUUCUGGUUCUUCAGCGCCUGCUUCACCUGGUUCAGUCUCAGAGCUUUCCAGUUCAAGUGGGUCAUCAUCUCAAGUUUCGGGGUCGUCAGAGCCUUCCGGACCAAGUGGAGCAACAUCUCCAGUUUCUGGGCCACUUUGCUCGCAAGAUGGCUUCCUAGGGCACGCUCAGAAUUGUUCCAAAUUUUACAGAUGCGUUGCAAAUGCACGUGGAAAUUACGACCGCCAUGAGUUUUCUUGUGGCAAAGAAACAGUGUGGGAUCAGCAAAGUUUGACUUGCAAUUAUCCAUGGGCGGUACAGGGUGCAUGCAGGUCGGAAACUCCCAUUGCUGAGUCUGGGAGUUCUUCAACCGAUGAAAGUGGUACUUCUGGCACCAUAAGUCAAUCUUCUACCACUUCUGCUGGAACCACUGAAGUGAAACCUAGCACAGAAUCUUUGACGACAAUUACAACUACUUCAUCUCCUAUGAGCUCUAAUUUACCUACCGAAAGUACUCAAGUUGCUACUGAAGUCACAUCGAACCCAGAUAGUACAACUGAAGUUGCAGAUAUUGGAACCAGCAUUCCAUUUGAUUUAGAAACCACUACACUUAGCAUCCCCAUUACAACCGAUGAUACAGUUUCUACUGAAACAGCUUCCAGAACUGAAGAAUCAACUUCACUUCAAACCGACAGUACUUCUAUCCAGUCAACUACACUAGUAACUACAGAAAACACUGAAACAAUCACAACAGAAGCCUUCAUGAGUACUGAAACCGAAUUUCCGACUUCCAUUACAACUCGAGUACCGAAUACGAGUUCUGAAACAGAAGCUUCCACUGUUUUUGAGAUUGAAAGCACUUCACAAGGUUCUACUGAAACGACUGCACCAAGCACAACUUCCUUACCAAAUACAAAUAGCGAAUCAAAUAUUUUAUCAACUGAAUCUAAUAUGAUUGAACAAACUACUACACAAAAACCCGAGUCCACUACAGAUAAUACUACAGAACAGCAACAAGUCACCACGGAUGGUGACAUUGAAAAAACUACACAAACCAGCGUUAGUUCAAUGCCACCCACGGAAAAUUUUAUAUCUGCAAAUGAAACAGAAAGCACUACUAGUGCAGAAAGUGUAGAAACUUCAACACAAUUAACUUUUACAACUUCCACGGGAGAUCACACCACAAUUAGUAGCGAAACAUCCACUGGAUCGAGUACACCGUCGGGAGGCGGCUCUCAAAUGGAACCUUGUCCCAUUGGACAGCUGGAAGGCGAUCAAAUCGCUUUGGUAUGUCCGACAGGAUUUAGAAGACAUCCGAAAUAUUGCAACCUUUUCUAUCAAUGUACGGCCAACGAGAAAUCCCAUGACUAUAAAAUAUUGGUCUUAAGCUGCCCACAAGGCACUAUUUAUGAUGACAAGAUGAUUCAAUGUUUGCCCCAAAACGAAACUAGUCAGACAUGUAGGGGACAUAUUGCAGAAGCGAGUUUAUAUAGGAAACUGGAUAUUAACGCAAUUUCACCCAUUCAAAUAGAGACUCGGAAACCACUUUGUCCGUUUGAAGGGUCGCAUGAAAUUGAAUCAACAAUGGAUUGUUCACAGCAAUUUGUAAAAUGCCAAAGAAAGACAAGGAGUCUGCAAGGAUUCCUUUAUCAAUGUCCAGAGGGAUUUGCGUACUGGCAAAUAAGUCGACAAUGCGAGAGAACAUCAAAACUACUUCACUGCUCCGGUUACAACAUGCAAAGAAGCAAAUGGCAGAUACCGAUCGAGUCGAUCAACGUAUCUUACAGAAGAAGGAAAGACUUAACAUUGCCAUUAUAAUAUAGUAAUUAAAUAUAUGUAAAAUACUACUGCAGAACAAUUGCAAUUGGAAAAACAUCUGUAUCAAAAUAUGCCAUAUUUGCUACCACAACUUGGUCCUUCAAAUGUAUUGUAUCUUUAUUGUUAAAGCUAAGAUAGCCGAAUUAUUUUUAAGGAUAUCGAGAUUUCGAAUCUUUAAGAAUAAUUUACUUGCGACAAUAAAAAUGAAUGUUCACAUAUUUUUAUCGUCGCUACCGCUAUUGGGAAGUGGUAAUGGGUAGUUUUAACGUAGUUAUUAAUUUAUGCCGUUUUGUCAUUUUGCUUGAUAGCAAGUGCCAUGAUGUCUGAACUGAGUAAAUUAUUUAUUUAUUAUAUUAUCUUGUAUUUAAAAAUCGCAUUUGAAUUUUGAAUCGAAACGUGUGCAAUUCCUACUGUAUUAAAAUAAACGAAAUAUCAUAAA